AUGCCCGCUCCAACGACCCACGCCUCGUCAGCCAGCAGCAGCACAUCCACGCCCGUCUUUCCAGCAGACCAACUCCGUGCAUGCAUCCGUCAACUCCUCGCUACGACACUGCGCGAUGUGGCGUACGACCAUGCGGAUCCGGGACGCAUGAAAGAGUUGAGCAGGGGGCUGGCAGAGAAAAUCAAAUCCCAGAUGCUCACACUCCACCCACGCGGCUUCAAGUACAUCAUCACCUCCACCCUCACCGAGAACAAUAACCAAGCGGGCAGGGGCGAUUUGGUAUGUCAUUGGGAAGCGACAGACGUGGCUGUCCAGGAGAUGUUUAGUAAUAUUCGAUCAUAUUCGUCGUACUCGCUGUGGCUGUACGUGUCUAGGCAAGGAUCGAGGAUCAAGGAUAAGUGCCAGUCUCGAUCAAGGAUCUGUGGACAAAGUGCCAGUCUCGAUCAAGGAUGCGCAAAACGUUUUGCAUAA